AUGAUUAAAAUAAUAUUAGCUAGCUUUUUAUUUUUCUUUUAUUUUUCGUCUUCCAUUUAUGGGAAUGUGGUGGCCCCUAAGAGUGCUGAGGCUGUUCAUACGUUGACAGCAAAACUUGAUACGGAAAAUAAGGCUCAUCAAAAAUAUAUAGAUAUUAUAAAUGGAGUUUUUUCGGAAAAUAUGGAGAAUUUUGUUUUUUCAAUAACAACCAGUAACGGAUUUACAUGUUCGAUAAAUAAGUUGGAUGUUAUUUUUGAUAAUAAAGUAACAGGAAUGCAAAAAGUUUUUUCUGAUGAGAAUGUUCAAUAUAUUAAAGAAGCUUCUCUUGAAUUUAAAAACAAUUUGUUGGAAUAUAUGAAAGGUGUUAUGCCAUCUGAAAAUGAUUUUUCUAAUGUUAGAAAAGAAUUUCAAAAAGUAUGUGUAAAAUAUUUUUCAGAGUUAAGAAGAAAAUUUUUCCAGAUAUAUAGAGACCCCAAUAAUAAGAAUCAAAACGAAGAUAAUGUUGAUAAUCAUAUGAAUAUUGAAGAAAUAAGCCAAGAAUUCUUCUCUGGUUUUAAUCCUUUUGGAACUAUGAAAAUAAGAAAAGAACAAAAUCCAGAUUUAUCACAAAAGGAUAGUUUGAUAUUAAAUGAAAAUAAUAAUGAUUCUCUUACAUCAGCAGAUCAAAAGAAUAAUAAUAUGGUUCCUAUGGAAAAUAGAUCAUUUUCAUAUUCUCAACAAAGUUCACAUGUUGUAAGUUUUGAUGGUCACGAUGAACAUGUUGAACAACAAGAGCAACAUUCUGGAGAUAAUACACAAGAAGACAAAGAUCAACUUAUGGACUUACCAUUUAACAAGGAUAAAGUUUUUUCAACCUUCUUAAAAAAUGUAACUCUUUUAAUUGAAGGAAAUUGUACAGAAGCUCAACAACAAGCUCAAGAACAAACUCAAGAACAAACUGAAGAACAAGAAGAAGAACAAAAUGAAAAAGAAAUUGAAAGUGAUAAACAAGUACAAAAAGAUGGAGAACAAAAAGAAAAUGAUGUACAAAAAAAACAAAAAGCUAAUGCUUUCACCAUUCAAUUUUCAAGUAGUCUUAGCAGAAAACAUAUAUCUACAACAUGUAAUGCUUCAUCAGGUAAUGUCUUCUUAAGAAAAGGAAACAAACCAUUUGAACAUUUUAAUAGUCCUAAUUUCGAAAAUAUGAUGAAAGGAGUUUUUGGAAUUAUUCAAAAUCCUUUUGAAAAUGGCCAACCCACUUUCCCAUUCUUUAAAAAUAUUAAUUCGAUCUCUGGAAUCGGUAAUGUUGAUAUCCCCAAAAAUUUUAUGAAUGAUUUUUUGAAUAAUGGAAAUGAUCAAAACACACCAAUAUCGAGCUAA